GGAGCCAACCCACGUGGUCGCGGAAACACACACCGAGCAGGCGCGCGCGCGCGCGCGCGCACGCACACAUGCGCGCACACGCCAAGCCAGCAGCGCCCGACUUUUUAUGAAUGAACAAUAGCUGCACGCGCAUCUCUUUCCGAGGGCCAUUCGGCGUGUUUUAAGGGUCUUUUGAGAGGUCUUCUCGGAAUCCCAGGAAGUGGAGCCAUGUUCCGGAGAAGCAAGAGUCAAGUGUUGGUGGAUUACGCGUCGGACGAAGACGACACGUCUUGCCGCUACGAGGACAAAGGCAUAGAAGGAGAAAAAGAGGAAGCCAUCACAGUCGUAUCCAAGGCCAAGGUGAAGAAGAUGAUGUCCAAGAAGGAGAGGAAGGACAAGAAGAUGUUCUCCUCAAAAGACGAUGAACACUUUUUGUUGACGAGAGAGACGCCAGCGCAGCGCCGAGGGAAUGACAAAAAAGUGAAAUGCGAGAAGCCUGACAAAGCUCUUUGCUUCUGGGAAAGCGUCACCAUGACGAUGAGGCAGAUCUCACCCGCCAAAAAAACGGACAAAGCCGAAGGCCGGGAGACGCCUCGAUCCCGGAAAGACGACGGCGGCGCCCCGGAGGACGACGACGGCGAGCCAAACGGACGCUCGUCCUCGCCGCCUUUCGUCGACCCUUCGGCUUUCUCGCCGGACGCCGAGGACUCGUCCCGCUACGCUGACCUGUCGCGCCCCGAUGACCCCGCCUGCGCCGUCACGUGGACGUCCCGCGCCAAAGUCAAGCUGGCCGGACUCGGCAGGAUGAGCCGAGGGAUCGUGUCGGACGGCGCCUGGGAAGGACUCAAGUAGUCCGCAUUCCAUCACUUCAGCGCCCCCUUUCUCCAACGACGUGUACUACUGCCAAGACCGCCGGAGCCCCUUACACAGCGGCAGUAAAAUAAACUGCCUUUUUCCAUCUGGUUUCCUGCAUGAACGGCACCCGCAAGAAAUCUUUUUACCCAAUAUCUCACUCAUUUGCCUUUUUUCAUCUUUAGUUUUUUUCACGGCAGUUAUAAUGAUCAAUUCAAUUAUUCAUGGAUUUUAGCUGUUCGCGGUCGGGUCCGGUCCCUACUCCCGCAAAAUGCGGUGUCCACUGUACGUGUUUGAAGAUAAUUGCUGAAAUUGUGCAAAGAGCGACAACUCUGAAGUACUCAAUUGAGGAGCUACAGUGUUAAACUGUUUCUCACCAUUUCCGUUUUCCUGAUUUUUUGGGGUGUGGCUAAAACGGGGCCCGGUGACGCUUUUGGGCGACCGACACGAGUUGGCCCUCGCCCACUUUUUAGAACAACUUCAACGCCUCGGUUCGCAUCAGCGGUUAUCCGGCCCAAUCGCAACGUGCUCGUUAUGCCUACACCCCGAAAAUGCAGCUUCUCUUCUGAUAGCCCGCUGGCGUGGCCGCUUUAGAGCGCCUCGUUGUUGGCUGCGAGUGUGCGCAAAGUUACGUGGUUGUCAGAAAAUUCACGUCCAGUUAUUCGUAUGUCAAGGCACCACGGUACUACGCAAACACCAGCGGGGUGUUUCGUUACUGCAGAAAAUCCUUGGGGUUUAUUUGCAGUAAGGCAUCUAAAUUUGAGAGGCCUUUAGUCUCACGCCGCCAUCACGUAAGCGCAGCGACACGCAUUAAAGCCGCGCUCGCUGCACAGCCGGAAGACAAUGCCGAUUUGUUUUUGUUUGAUGUCGUCCGUUUAUGGCAUCUGGAACAGCAGCGUGUGUGGAAAGAUAAGUACUGUACGUAUACAUGCAACGAUCUCAUGCUGAAUAUUUAUGAUUGUACCACUGGAAACAACUGCCACUAUCGUGUCAAGUGCCUUGAAGCCACAGUAUAACGUAUAACAUUUGAAUGGAUUUAUAGAGUGCUGUUUUUUUUUUCUUCCGCGUGUUGUCUGCUCUCAAGAAUUUUUUAGGAUUUCAUACAAAAUGGAAUGCCACAAUUAGUAGGGGGGGAAAAAAGCAGGUUUUUUUAAUGUUAUGCUUUUGUUUAUGCUUUGCUUUCACGCAAAGACAAAAUAAAGAGUUAAGACAAAGUAUAUUUUGGGUUACUUGAAAAGUUUUAAUUCAUUUUAUUAGCUGAAUAUGCCUUAUUGAUCGCCUUAAAUGCUGUGAAAAUAUCGUUGGUAGAAAACAGACAUUUGUUCUUACUGUUAAAACGUUUCAUUUUACGGCAGCCAUUGAAAUUGUGGCAAAGUCGUGUAAUUCUAUUUUUUUUCUUUUUUUUUUUAAAAGGUCGUUAGGGGUUACCUGUUUAAUAUGGAAAAAAAAUGAAAUUAUCCUAAUAUAGCAGUUUUACGGGAAAAAAUAAAAUAGUGUUGAAUUACGUUUGAAUUAGUUUGAAGAGAUUCUAAUGUUCUAACCCUAACCACCCCAAAAUUCUUAAUUGUACCAAAAUAUUUUCUAUUUACCAUAAAAAAAAUUAUUUUAUGAACAUAGCAGUUUUGAGAGUAUUUAUCUACAAUAUAGACAAUUUUCAGAAAUUCUAUAAAAAUAUUGUCCAACUGAUAAACAACUAAAUUCUCAUGAUACAGACAAUAAGAAUUAAAAAAAACUUUAAAUUAUAUUAAAUCUGUAUGAUUUCCCAAAAAAAUGAACGUGAGAACAGGUUUUCAUUUUUUGUGAAAUUUUCUGUCGAAUGAAUGGAAAAAGCCGUAUAAUUAUAACUUUUGUUAUUGUCAUCUUGUGUGUUGUAAUGUUUUAAGUGAUGCAGCCAAGGAUGUGCGUGUAAAUGCAAAAUUGCAUUUAUGGAGCAGAUUUCAGCUCUUUUCUUUUAAACACUGAUGUUAAUAAAUAAAUAAAAAAAAAAAACAUGAACCCCCGUCACCACCACUACUUCAUAAAAAAAAAAGAAAAAAGAGACCACUGCAUUCCUUUUUAGUAAAUAUUUAAUUAUUUAGUUAUGCUACUUCCUGCCCCACGGACGUAGUUGUCAUAGUACGACAAACACGCGGAACAGGAAGGAAUAUUAUAAAAAGUUGGAAGAAGGAUACAAAAGUUCCCCAAAGCCCAUAAAUAAAACUUGACAUUUCACAACUUUCGGCUCUUAAAGGGGAUUGACAAAUACUCAAAACACAACAUGAACAGACGCGUGCGUUCGGUUGCUGCGGGGGGAUAAAAAAAAACAAAAAAACAUCACGAUUACAAGCAUGAGACGAGGGAUGGGCGUAAUAAUCAAUCGAUUAAUCGAUCAAUUAGAAUUCUAAACACCCGCCAUAAACUUUCUUAAAAAGAUAAUAUACUUUUCAUCAUUUAGCUACAUGCUAAAACUCACUGUACACUUUGUACAAGUAGAUAUACAGUAUUUGAUCUUAUUUGUGCAAAAAUCAGCAAGAUACUAUUUAGUAUGGAUUUUUCCCUGUGGCCACGGUCGUGGUUGUGCGCAAUGCAGGGACAUGUUGAAAUGCGCCUCAUUUGAAGCCCUUUUGCAGCGAAGGUAAACAACGUUAGGAUGUCGUAUCGUAUUUGGAGACUACGGGCCGAAAGGAAACGUCUAGAACCUGAAUAGGUCGAUGAAGUGUUGCGGGGAAAUGGGCACAAGGCAGCUGUCCGGGUCGUUGGCGGUGCACGGGUGGCCACAGUCCUGCCAAAACAGAAGCAGAAUAUUAUUCGAUUCAGAAAGCGCAAACAAGAUUUUACCACACGCUCACAAAAUGACCACGAAAUGGCAUGAAGGCACAGUGACGCCAUAAUCAUUAACUGGUACAAACAA